AUGGCGUCCAACGUAGAGGCCCCGGAGCCUUGGUACCUCGCCCUGCUCGGUUUCGCGGAGCAUUUCCGAACUUCAAGUCCGCCCAAAAUCCGACUGUGUGUGCACUGUCUGCAAGCGGUGUUCCAGUUCAAGCCCCCGCAAAGGAUCGAGGCCCGGACGCACCUCCAGCUUGGCUCGGUCCUCUACCACCACACCAAGAACAGCGAGCUAGCGCGGAGCCACCUGGAGAAAGCGUGGUUUAUAUCUCAACAGGUCCCCCAGUUUGAAGAUGUCAAAUUUGAGGCUGCGAGUAUUUUAUCGGAGCUCUUCUGCCAACAGAAUUUGGUGGAUUCUGCAAAGCCACUUUUACGCAAGGCCAUUCAGAUUUCACAGCAAACACCUUACUGGCACUGCAGGCUUCUGUUUCAGUUGGCGCAACUUCAUACACUAGAGAAAGACUUGGUGUCAGCGUGUGACCUGCUGGGGGUUGGAGCUGAAUACGCCAGAGUGGUGGGCUCUGAGUACACCAGGGCAUUGUUUCUCCUAAGUAAAGGAAUGUUGCUGCUGAUGGAGAGGAAGCUUGGGGAGGUACACCCUCUGCUAACACUGUGCGGGACCAUUGUAGAGAACUGGCAGGGGAACCCCAUCCAGAAAGAGUCCCUCAGGGUCUUCUUCCUGGUUUUACAGGUCACACACUACCUGGAUGCUGGACAGGUGAAGAGUGUGAAGCCAUGUCUGAAGCAGUUGCAGCAAUGCAUCCAGACCAUAUCCACCCUCCACGAUGACGAGAUCCUGCCCAGUAACCCAGCAGAUCUCUUCCACUGGUUGCCCAAAGAGCACAUGUGUGUCCUUGUCUACCUGGUAACAGUAAUGCACUCCAUGCAAGCAGGCUACCUGGAGAAGGCUCAGAAGUAUACAGACAAGGCCCUCAUGCAGCUUGAGAAACUAAAAAUGUUGGACUGCAGCCCCAUCCUCUCGACUUUCCAAGUCAUUCUACUGGAGCACAUCAUCAUGUGUCGUCUUGUCACUGGUCACAAGGCUACUGCGUUACAAGAGAUCUCACAGGUGUGUCAGCUUUGCCAACAGUCUCCCAGGUUAUUCACCAACCAUGCUGCUCAACUACACACACUAUUAGGUCUGUAUUGCAUCUCUGUGAACUGUAUGGACAAUGCAGAGGCACAGUUUACCACAGCCUUACGGCUCACCACCCAUCAGGAAUUAUGGACAUUUAUUGUGACCAACUUGGCCAGUGUCUACAUCAGGGAAGGAAACAGACACCAGGAGCUUUACAGUCUUCUAGAGAGAAUAAACCCAGACCACAAUUUCCCUGUCAGCUCCCACUGUCUCCGUGCUGCAGCCUUCUACAUCAGGGGACUCCUGUCCUUCUUCCAAGGACGCUACAAUGAGGCCAAACGUUUCCUGAGAGAAACCCUGAAGAUGUCAAAUGCUGAGGACUUGAACAGACUGACGGCCUGCUCUCUGGUUCUGCUGGGCCAUAUCUUCUACGUACUGGGAAAUCACAGAGAAAGCAACAACAUGGUUGUACCGGCCAUGCAGCUGGCCAGCAAGAUCCCUGACAUGUCUGUUCAGCUGUGGUCUUCAGCACUCUUGAAAGACUUAAAUAAGGCUCUGGGCAACACCAUGGAUGCCCAUGAAGCUGCACAGAUGCACCAGAACUUCUCUCAGCAGCUGCUGCAAGAUCACAUCGCUGCCUGUAGCCUCCCUGAACAUAACCUCAUCAGCUGGACUGAUGGACCUCCUCCUGUCCAGAUCCAAGCCCAAAAUGGACCCACCACCAGCCUGGCAAGCUUACUCUGAGGAUCCCUCUGCCUCACAUGUAACUUGAGCUGUGUGGAAUCAGAUUUGUGUCAGUAUAAUCAAACAAAACUUCUUGAAUAUCAAACAAACAAAAAUCUGAGCGAGAAUAAAACUCACUGAAGCAAAAAUAAUCUCAGAAGUAAAAAUUAUGGGGGGCCUCUGGGUGGCGUGACGGUCUGCUCCAUUACCUGCCAGCAUGGGGAUCGCCGGUUCGAAUCCCCAUGUUACCUCCGGCUUGAUCAGAUGUCCCUACAGACAAAAUUGGCCGUGUCUGGGUGGGAAGCCGGAUGUGGGUAUGUGUCCUGGUUGCUGCACGAGCCUUCUCUGGUCAGUCGGGGCACCUGUUCGAGGGGGGGUGGGUGAGUAGCGUGAUCCUCCCACACGCUACAUCCCCCUGGCGAAACUCAUCACUGUCAUUGAGGUUUCUCAGAUUCUUUAUAUAUAUAUAUAUUUAAAAAGUUUUGUCUGAUUAUAUUGACACAAAUGUGAUUCUAUAGAGCUGGUACAUAAUAAAUUGUGACAAAUGCCUGAUUACCUGCUGCCAGCAGCCCCUGUAGUUGAGUCUUGGAAUGACUUAAAAAGGAGUAUGUUCUUGUUCAAGGCCUUCCUGUUUAUUAUCUUCGCAAGGUGGCUUCCUGAUAGUCUAGCUCUCAGUUCAGUAAUAUGUCCGAAAAAAUACUGUCACUACUGUUGUAUAGUCAUUACACCCUUCCAGAUGACCACAGAUGCUUACUGAGUGGAGAGGCAAGGUGAGGCAUUUCAUUGGAUUGGUGAGGGACACGCAGCAACAUUAAACAAAGGGCUGUUUUGCCUGAGACAUCGUUUCACCCUUUUUUACGUCGAGCCAGGUUUCUUUUCCUUUCAUUGGAAAAUAACAAGGGUACGUCACGGGACAGUAGCAGAAGUUUAGAAGAAACUAAUUUAUUCAUGUUGAUAUUUUUGUAACUGUUGGUAAAUAUUUUACAGCUUGGACUUUUGUCUGUAUGAAUGCUAUUUUUCCUUGUGCAUGGAAGUUACUGAUGUUGACUCCCUGUUGUUGCUGAUCCAAGCUGCGAAGGAGUGGCCAUUGGUUGAUCAUAUGUUGCACAGUGUCCAUAUUAGAAAUUAUAACAAUAGAAACAGCUUUCAUUUGUUCUAACAAAACAAGUUGAAGAAUUUCAUACUGUAAAAAGCUCAGUUGACUGAGAACGCUACUGUUUUGAGACAUUGGUGCACUGUAUGCAGUUCUUAAAUGAACCAGCAGAUGUCUCUCUCUAGUCAACUGUUGAUCAUCAGUGUUGUAAAUGCUCUUAAAAAAAAACAAAAAAUAACAUUUGGCUGGAAUGGCAGACGAAUUGUGAUCUUUUUUUAAUACACAUUCAACUCAUGUAUAUUUUUGAAGUCUGAACCUGUUCAUAUAUUCACUUUUACAAAGUAUGUUAGAGUUUUGGACCUUAACAGUAAUCUUCAGAUAUUCAAAAGUAAAUUUUAUUUUGUAAUAUUUUAAUUUGUUGCAAUAGUUGUAGUGAAAUGGUUUUCUUUACAGUAUGUAUAGAUUUGCCUCUUGUUGAACCUUUUAUUGUACAGUGACAUUUUAUAAAGUCAAUUUAGUAAAGUGUGAUACGUAUUUUUAGCUAUCCUAUGUAGAAAUCAAACUCGGUGCUUGGUAUCUGAGGCACCCUGUAAGAACACAUUUUAAGCUUAAGUACUGGCCAUAAUCUAUCCAACACAUGUUUUUAUUGCUUACAUCAUUUUCAACAAUUUUCCAAUAAAAUGAUUGCAAAUCGUCAUUUGACUUACACAUCAGUUUGGGGGAGUUAAUCUGCUGAUUGCCUUGAUUUGAAUAAACAAAUGGUCUUUAA